AUGGCUGCCUACCGCAGCCAGGAUCAGAAUGGCAAGCAUGACCUGAUCAUGAAGUACCAGGAAAAGGGUGGAAUUCGCAACCUGGGCUGGGUGGCGACUUACUUGGAGUCCAGUGAGACCCUCAACCAGGAGAAGGCCACCAACAAGAAGGGCUUCGUGACCAGGGAUGCCAUUUUGAGUUUGAAUGGCUUCAGUGUUGGCGUGAACCUCUCCACCUACUACUACAUCCACAGCGAGGUGCAGGAUGAGGUCACCGCUGGCAAGAGGACCAUUUUCCAGCAGGCAACUGACCUGAAGCAGGCAGGGCUGCAGAAGAUGCUGGAGGAAGGGUCCAUGGGCCAGGUGGAGAUUAAGAUCGAGAACCCCGAGAAGGUGGAGGCGAAGAACCAGGCCAAGGUCCUGAAGUCUGGCCAGGACAGACUUGAGAAGGAGAUUGGUCUCCUCAAGAACUUGCUCUGCCAUGGGGAGGAGCUCCAGAAGAAGCAGCCUGAGCUGGAGAAGAUUGUCAGCGAGGGCCAGAAGCACCUGCAGGAGGUGCAGACCUUUGUGGAGGUAGUUCGCAAGAAGCUGUCCAUUGUCAGUGGCAUGGACAAGGGCACCCAUGAUGGUGAGGACUGGCAGAAGAUGCUGGAUGACCUCAAGCAGCACUGUGCUUUCGCCGCAGUUCAUUUGGAGGGGAUGAAGUCCUUUCGUGUGAGCAUUUUCAGUGAUGCUAUUCAUGCAAAUGCAGACCAUGUGGCUGACCUCAAUGUGGCAGAUGACAAAAAUGUACAUCGCAACUUGUUGAGGAAGAUGGCCAAGAAGGUGAAAUGGCCAAAGCCAUAUACAGCCAAGAUUGCCAUGUACGACCUAGAGACACAAACUACAUCAAGGAAGUCCCUGGCCAUCAUGUUGCCGCAUGAAUUGCAAUGGGCUGUAUUGAAAUGGAAUCAAGGCCUUGAUGCAAGGGGCAGGCUUUUGAACUGGCAAAGCAUCAGAGCAGAUGUGAGGCAGAGGGUGGCCUCCUCAGUGGAGACCCUGAGAUUGAACCCAGAAGCUUUAAUGAUUUGGGGCCUCUGGAUCGAUGGUGUGCCAGUGAAGUACGACAGAUCUGAAAGUCUAGUGAUGUUUUCCUUGAACCUGCCUCAUCUCAACCAGACAGCUGCAUCCACAAUGAGAUUUCCAGUGACAUGCGUCAAUAAGAUUUUUGCCAGCAAGGAUGGGCAAACCGUGCAUGACAUUAUGGCUGUGAUGCAGUGGUCCUUUCAUUGUAUGGUCUUGCUCUUUGAGUGCAGAGUGGAGGGGGCACCCAUGGACAAGUUUCGAGCUGCAGCAACAUAUCCUGCAGAAAAAGAGCAGCGAGUUGCAAGUGUUUGGAGAGACAUCAAGCAGUGGUAUGUCCAGAACCAAGUUGCCAACCAGUUUAAACCGAAGUUCCACCUCUGGCAACACCUCUGCGAGUCCACAGAGAGUGCACCCAGCCUCUACUGGACCUACGAUGACGAG